AUGAACUCUCAACAUUCCCAAGAAUCGUCAGAGGACAGCAUGGACUCUCAACAUUCAAAUGAAUACCACACAGACACGCCGGUCUACAGUCGUGCACGCUCAGGCGGUCCGAGUCGUAUCCCGGACUUUGUUAUCUAUAAAGCGGGGGUAGAUGACAACCGCAGCGACAUAUUGAUUGCUGUGGUUGAGGUGAAGAAAGAUAACGAUCUUAGUGCGGAAGCCGAAGUACAGUUGAUAGGCUACAUGAAGGGAAUGGCAGGUUAUAACAAAGGUACUUUACAUCCUAGGCUGAACGGUCGCCCCACACCCGUUGGAGUCCUGAUAGACAGCGAGUCAGUCAAGAUAUUCCGACUACAGUCGCAUGAACGCGACGCCACGAUUGCCGACAACGCGGUACUAAUCGCCAGUACCCUUAUGGCCGAGGAAACGAAUGCUCUGUGGGACCGGCUUGACGAGCAUGCCAGAGGUUGGUUUACUCCGAAACUCCUCCCUCGUCAACAAGGAAAUUGA